AAAUUAUUUUUUCUUCAUGUCAUUAGUAAGUUAAACCAAAGGUGGGCCAAUAAAGUAGAAAAUUUUCAAUUGUAUUAAUAAAAUAUUCUAGCUGAUUCUAUUCAACUGAUUUUUUUUAAAACCUAUGCAAAAAACCGAAAGCGAGGAUGAAUUCUGAAGCUGCCAUAGAGCGUUUUUGUUAUUUGGGAAAUUUAAAACCAAUUUAUAUAGCAAAGAAAAUUAAAAUAGAUUGCGAAAAUUCGUCAGAAUAUUUUAAAUUGGUUGAAACAAUAGAUGUUGAUCAGUUUUUGAAAAUCAUACGAACUUGUUUAGAACGUGGAACUUUACCAAGAAAAGAUGAGCUGUGGUAUAUUUAUGCCAUAUAUAUGUGUAGCUCUACUAAACAAGAUAACAAGAAACUUGCUGGAAGUGAAUUUGCUAAUUUGGCGUCAACUGCAGAAGACUUGUUUAUAUUCGCUUAUUAUGCCAAACAGCUUCGUGAAAACGAUAACAAAAAAGGGUUUUCUAACUCUGUAAGAAGAGCCAUUGCCAAUUGGUAUGAAAAACAAGAAAUUUACAAAUUUACAGAUUCUGUUUCGAAGAAUGUAGGUUUAUAUGGAUUUACUCACCGUGAUUUAAUAUCGUUGUGCCAUGUUAACACUAAAGAAAAUGGCUUAGAUGAAAUUUUAGACUACGUAUUCAAGCCAAAAAAGGCAAAAUUACAUAAUGAAAAUGAAUCACUUAGCGAAUAUCAAAAAGCCUUCGUGGAUAUUCAAACAUUCAAAAAAAGUGGGGAUAAUACCUUAAUGAAGAGAUUAAUCGAUGAAAAAAAAUUAGAUUUUGAAAAUUUUCCCAGCUCUCAGCGUAACAAAAUUGAAAAUUGGGAAUUGAUUUUACCAACUAUGUCAUAUCAUCAAUUAUUGGAUAAUUUAUUCUUUUUAGUAGAAAAACAAUUUUUUGAAAAUGCCAAAUUCAGUAAAUUAUUUAUGGAAAUUAUUGGCAAACGAGACGCUAUCAGAAAGGAAAACAUCCAUCCAAUUAUACUUCUUAAUUUAAAAAAUCGUUUGGUUAAACAAACAAGAUAUUCGGAGAGUGUAAAGCAAAAUUAUCAUUCAAAAACUACACAAUCUUCAGAUUUGAAACCUAAUCAAAAAUUGAACACAAAAUUAUCUGAAAUAUUUGAUAAUUCAUUUGAUAAUUAUCACGGCCCUCCUGUUCGCACGAUGGUAGCAAUUAAUAUCGCAGAAAAAUUCAAGCGACAAUCUGUUAUAAGUCAAAAACAAGUAAAUUGCUUUGAGGCAGCUGUUACGCUUGCUCUAUCCUUUUAUAAAAACAACCAACCGUCAUCAGUUUACGCAUUUUCUUCAGCCAGAAUGAAAAAAAUUGACUGGAAAAAAAAUUGGAAUUUCACACAAGCGAGCGAAUACUGUACUCCAUUUGUGACCCAAAAAGUUGUUCAAAGAUUAAUGCUGCCGUUGGAUGAAGCACUUGGUUUGAAAAACGAUGUAUUUGAUUUAAUUUUAAUAGUUGUUGGAUCUGCCACAUUUGGUAAUUCAAAUGGUAAACCAGAUCAGUUGAUUGAGCGUCUACAGCAAUAUCGAAAGAAAAAAAAUGACAAAACUAAGGUUAUUGUAAUAAACUUGAGACGUUUUCGCCCAUCAAUGGAACAUGAAAAUCUAAAGUCAGAUGGUAUUUUAGAAAUAUGUGGAAUUAAUGAAAAUACAUUAAAAAUCAUAAAUGCAUUUGCUCUAAACCAUUUCAAUUAAAAAAAAAAACAAUGAACAGAAAUUUAAAAGUAAAAAUAUGUAUGUGUGCUUGAGAACAUACAAUUCUCUUUUUUUUUAUUAUACAUAUUUUUUUUUUAUGAAUUCGAAUUUAAAAUUUAAUUCACCAUUAAGUUUUUGAAUAAGUUUCCGAAAGUUCUAUUGAUUUAUUAAGUUUCUAUUAUCUAUUUAAAUAUAGUAACAAAUUAAAAACUCAUAAAAUGCAUUUAAUUGAAAAUUUCAUUAAUAAAACAAAGUUUAUCUUAUUUUUAAAUAUGCAAUUUAAAUAUUGGAAAAAUCCUUACUGAAAAAUCUUCAUUUUUAUAAUUUUACAUGAAGUUUCUAUUUUGGCUAUGUUACAUAAAAAUAUUUAUUUUAUAUUCAAAAGCAAUAUGAAAAACAAAACACUUUACUAAAAUAAUAGAAAAUUACUGUAAAAAAUUUAGUUAUUUUAUAAAAAACAAAAAAAAAAAAACAAAACCGAAUUAAUAUAAAUUUUUUAUCUUUUAAAUAAAAGCAUGUUAUACCUUUUCAAGUUUAAAAAAAAAAUUAAUUUUUUAACAUUUAAUUUUCAUGUUUUUAUAUAUUUAGAAAAUAAAAUGCAAAAGUCUGAUUAAAAAUUCAAAAGUAAAAUAAAUAGUUAUUUUUAUUCUUUAAUAUGUUUUUUUUUUUAUUAAAACUAUUUUUAUUAACACAUUAACUAAAGUAAAUAAAUUUAAAAUUGUUAAAAACGCAAAAGUUAAAUUUAGUGAUUGAAAAUAAUUUGCCAGUUAUAUAAUAAAUUAAAAAUUUUUUUUUCAUCAUAAAAUGGGGAUGUAGUCAAAUACAUGCAGAUUAAAAAUUCAUUAAUUUAUUGUUAGUUAUUUCAAAAUGUUUUUUAAUAUAUUAUUUUAAAGUGCAUAAAUUUAUAAUUAAUCUAGAAUUUUUAUCGUAAACAAAAAAUCUCAAUAUAAUAAAUAUAAAAACAAUUAAUUUUGUAUAUCUUUUUAAUAUAGUUUUUUAAAUAGUAAAGUGGCAAUAUCCUUGAUAUUUUGUCCUGUUUUGUAGUUCGUACAUAGCACUUUGCAAAAUUUUGUGUUUUCUAAAUUUUUAUUGAAAUAUUUAUGAAAUAUAUGUAUUAGUUUUGCUUUUACAGUUUUUGUAUAUUUUAUAGGGCAAACUCAGUGAAAUUUUUGAUUUGUAAACAGAAAAUUCCAUUUUCAGGUUGAUGAAACUUCCAAAAUAAAUAAAUUUUAAUGAAACAUAAAUGAAAACAUUAUUUUUUUUUUUUAUAAUUAUGAAAAAUGAAUUAUCAUUAAAAUUAUGAUUAAGAUAAAAAUA